GUAACCUGGAGUCGAGCCAGCUUAUUCCAAGAGCCGAGCAUUGGAGUUUUUGCUAUUUUCACGAGUAAAUAACCAGCGGAAAAGCCGACGCGCUUCAUACAUGAUGACCGCUUAUUUCUCCAACUAAACCCUUUUGUUGUUUUUGGAUUUCUUGAUAGAUCUCCAACUAAAACCUCGAGCCAUCUGUUUAUCUCCAGUGUCAGUUACAAGUACUUUUGCAGAAGCUCAUUAAGCUAUUACCUGGUUUUGUUUGACUGAGAAGCUGCAAUGGGGAUUGUGAGGUUGGAGGAGACCCAGAAGGCGGAGCUCGAGGAGUUCCGCCGGAUGCUGUUAUCUUGCGCAGCUGUGCACCGCCGCAAGGUCGAUGACGGGUUCAGGGGCCAAGAGAAUGCGGUGCCUGCGGGAAACGGCGACGUGCUGGACAGGCUGGUUUGUGUCACCAGCGGCGUGUCCUACCUCGGCAUCGCUAUUGUGAACCAGCUCCUUGUGAACGGCUACUCUGUUCGUAUCAUCGUUGAUAAUGAAGAUGUGGAAAAGCUGAGGGAAAUGGGAAAUUCUGGUGAAAUGAGACUUAACAACAGCUUUGUUGAAGUUGUCAUGGCCAAGCUCACAGAAGUUGAAAGCCUGACUGAGGCAUUUGAUGGUUGCCGUGGCGUCUUUCACACCGCUGCCUUUGUGGACCCUGCUGGACUAUCCGGUUACUCUAAAGCCAUGGCUGAUAUUGAAGUGAAUGCAAGCAAGAACGUCAUAAAGGCAUGUGGCUUGUCACCUUCCGUCAGACACUGUGUCCUCACCUCAUCUCUUUUGACCUGUAUUUGGCGAGAGAACCCACCUGAUGAAACUUCAAACGUAAUCGACCACAAGUGCUGGAGUGAUGAAUCUGUAUGCCUAAACAAAAAGCUCUGGUAUGCGUUGGGGAAGCUGAGGGCAGAAAAAGCUGCAUGGGAUAUUGCCAAACAGAGCGGUUUGAAGCUGGCUACUAUCUGUCCAGGACUCAUCACGGGCUCAAAGUUCUACGAGAGAAAUCCAACAUUUACUAUUGCUUACCUUAAAGGAGCUCAAGAGAUGUAUACAUAUGGAUUGCUGGCAACUGUUGACAUAGACAAAUUAGCAAAGGCCCAUGUUCGUGUCUUUGAGGACAUGAAGAAGACGGCCACUGGAAGGUACAUUUGCUUUGAUCAAGUAAUAGAGAGGGAAGACGAGGUUGAAGAGCUGGCACGUGAGACAGGCAUAAAUGCAAGCUCAAUCGCAGGGGGCGCCUCAUGCAGUAACAGGCCUCGAUAUGAGUUGUCAAAUGCAAAGCUUACUCGAUUAAUGUUGCGAACACGAAGGUGUCCUAUUGAAUGAUGACGCAGUGGUUGUGGAAAUCAAAUUUUGUCAUUUGAUCAGUUGAAGAGCACUGCGUUAGACUUUCGAGCUUUGUGAGCGUGAAGUACGGGGUGGGUUGGAGUUUAAACGGGGUACAUGUAUAGCGUAUUGUGAAUGUGGCAGUGAAAUCUAAAUCAGUACUGGAGUUCUUUAUUCAGCUUU